AUGGAAGCACCCCCAGCAGGAAUGGUUGCGCCCUCUGGUCCACCAGCUCCACGUGGUGGUGGUUAUCGCGGCAGAGGUGGACCAAUGCGAGGAAGCUUUGAGCGCGGUCGCGGUAGAGGCAUGGGUAGGGGCCAUUAUAUGGGUCGUGGUGGUGGUAUGAUGGGAGGUGGUGGACCUCCACCUCAAGGUAUGGGGCCGGGUGGACGUGGUAUGCGUGCGCCAAGAGGUUCAGGUUAUCAGGGUCGUGGAAGUUAUAUGCCACGCGGAGGUGGCCCACCAAUGCGUGGUGGCCGACCUCCCAUUUAUGCUCAACCAAAGCAACAUACGGGUGCAGAAAACAAUAAAACAGUUUCACCUGUACCAACAGCAAGCUCAGCCACUCCAGCCCCAGCAGCUGACGGCGCAGCUCCAGAAUUGGCAGAAACAAAUAAUGGUAGCGCUACAGCACCUGAAGUCAUUGCUGCAGCCCCGGUUGCAGUUAGUUCUAAUGGUAGUGUAAGCGGUAUGCCAUCUCGAGGACCACCUCGUGGACGCGGAUCCUUCUCUCGGGGACGUGGUGGAUAUAAUUCACACAUAAAUGGUGGCAUGCAUGGCAUGGGUCCUGGUGGAGAACAUGGUCAAAUGCCGAUGAGACGCGGAGGUCCACCACGUGGGCGUGGUGGCUAUGGUCAAUCGAUUUCACGUGCUCCUAUGCACUCUCAACCGCAUAGCGCUAAUACACAAAUUGCACCGGUACCAUCAUUGAAACGUGGUGCACCAGGUGGUCCGCCUGGACCAAAGCGUGGUCGUUAUGAGGGUGGUCCAUAUUCACAACGACCAAUGGUACCGAAGUAUCAUCAACCAAUGCAACAUGCAGCUCCAAUGGCUCCACCAUCUAGUUAUGGUGCUCCACCUAGUCACCAUCAACAACAACAAAGCCAUCAUAGUUAUGCCACACAUGAUCAGUCCCAAGCAGUCGAUCCGUAUGCUCAAUCGUAUGCUGCGCCAGCCGCACAAUCAUCUUAUAAUGGCUAUGGACAAAGUGGGUAUGUUACACAUGCACAGGCGGCACCACAGGCUAGUAGUGCUUAUUCCACACAAGGGACCGAAUACGAUCAAAGCCAAUAUCAGACUUAUAGUUCUAGUAGUUAUGGUACGCAACAAGAUACGCGUUACCAGACGUACGGCCAAGAUUAUACCCAGCAGUAUGGUGCGCCAGCUGUUGAUUAUAAUACAGCACCACAAGCAGACUACUCGCAGCAUGGACAGCAAGCUUAUGAUGAACGCGCUUAUGCUGGUUAUGAUUCACAGUAUCAGCAAGGUUAUUCAAAUGCAGCUGGCUAUUAUUAAAACAAAAAUCUAAACCGUUUUGACGAUGAAACACAAUUCAACGCUGUGCGUAAAAAGACUUCCAAAUUAUACAUACUUGCAGGAAGGAAUCGGUAACUGUUGCAAUUGUUGUGUGAAUAGAAUGUGAAAGUGAAAACACGUAAGAGUUUAUGCCAAAUAUGAUGAGCAUAUAAAUUAACUUCAUUAUUUAACGUUUAGAUUUAAGUAAAAUUGAAACAAUUAAAAAACUAUAUGUAUAUGGGUGAUUAUACUAUAGUACGUCGAAAAAAUUGUUGGUGAAGCAUACAAGAAUUAAAAGUACUUGUGUUAAUGAAAACCCUAAAUAUAUCCAUAUGUGUGUACGUGCAUUAAGAUAUCAUAUGCAAUUUCUAGCAACAUAAUGUAUAAUCCAUUUGAUCUACUAGAUGUUUAAUGUUAAGAAAGAAAAGUAAUCAAGUUUUUUUUGUCAUAACUUACAACAUAAUAAAAACGAAUUUUGUCCCGUACUCUUCCCUCCAUUCGCGUCCCAAUCAAUCAAACAAUCCUCUAACAAAACCCGGUAAAAAAAGCAAAAACUAAACGGACAAAAGAAGUAACUUGCUAUGCAAAUAACCAGAUAAUUCUCAUGAAUUAUUUUAGCUUAUAUUUAAGGCUAACUUUUGACAAUUGAUUUUCGAUAUAUAUUUUAAAAUUUUGACUAGAAUACAAUUUAUUGAAUAACUAUGCAAUAAACAACACAUGAAUUGCACCUAUACUCAUUAUUUUUAAUUUUCAGGAGUAAAUAACAUAUUAUUAUUGUUUUCAUAAUUCAGUUCAGGCAAUCUAAAGAAAAAGCUAAAUUAUUUAAGCAACUUUUGCCGAAAGCAUGAACGAAUGUAUUAAACUAAUAGACUAGUUAAUAAUUGUAGUGACCUCAAAAUUGCUAUAGGUAUUUAGUUUUAAGCUAAAAUUGAUAUUUUCUUGCGCGGAAAUUGUCAGAAAAUUGUAUGUUUUAAGAGAAUUUGACAAAUUUACUAUGUUUUAUUUUUGUUUAAUGGCUUAACAAUAUACAUACAUUUUUGUAUAAAAACUUAAAAUAUUCAAUUCAUUUUCCACACAUAUAAAAUAAUUGAUAACACACUGUUAAACAAAAUAUGCAGGUGUGUUACUCUAAAAACGUAUAUAUUAUAUGGGAAAAUAUAAAGCAAGCACACUUCAAAACAUAAACGCAUUGUAGAACAUUUUAGCAAUUAUUUUAAUCCAAGUCGGACAACGUGUAUGUUAGAAAUGCUACAAGUUAGAACUUCAAAUAUUAACUACGAAAACACAGAAACUAUAAGCUAAAACUCAAUAAAAAGCUAGUAGUACCCAAA